AUGGGCCACAUUCUGACUUUCAGUAGCUAUCUGGACAAUGAUCUCACAAGGCGAAAAUUCGAACAGGCCGAUUGCACACUGUUUUCUGCUAUUCUUUGCUCAGACACUUCGUAUGAGAAACUCUGCACGGUGGCCAAAUACAUGUCUUGGUAUUUCAUCUGGGAUGACUGUGAGUGUCCAUUCUUUCCAUUUAUGAUGGACUAUGCUGAGGAAUAUGAUUUCCGGACUGUGACAGAGAGUCUGGCUGUCGAAGAAAUUUGCCAGAUCCUUCUCGAACAAAUGCUGGGAUAUGUUUCCAGUGUUAGCAACGUUGACAGUUUGUUCAGCAGCAGUGCCAUGCCAUCGGUAAGGAGUUACUGGCAACGGAGAGAGCGGACAGCAGCUGUGUACUGUGUUAUAUGCACCUUUCCUCUUCUUACCAAGCAAUCAACAAGCUUUGCAUAUGGAUUCAAUAUUACGAGGGCUCACGUAGAGAAUGAGCACAUGUCCCGCAUGUGGAAACAUACAUCUUACUUGGCUCACAUAUCAAACGAUAUACACUCAUUCCAAAAGGAAUAUAAUGAUGGACAGCUGGAGAACCUAAUUCCGGUGCUUAUGGCAAACACAGGACUUGAUGUUAACCAGACAAUGCAGCUCAGCUACCAUAUUUGUCGUUUGGAAGUAGAGGGCUUCUGCGCCAAUGCAGAUAGGCUCUGUGUGGGUGAGGAUGCCCAAGGACGCCGUAUUCGGGAAGUCUUUAUAAAUUGCUGUACAGACAUGUUCAUGGGACUCAUACACUGGAGGUACUACAGACCCCUGACCAAACAUAGAGUCAUGGCUGACCUUUACCUAGUUAUGUUAGCAAGCGCUGGAUCAAGCAAACGGAUAUCAAUCCUGAUCAAACUAUUACAUUCCAGGUUGGAUCUACAGGAGUUCCUCGAUUGA